AAUAUCAAUGUAUGGGUUUCAGGUGAAAGCUCAAGUAUAUUGGGCACAGAUUUGAUCUGGUUUAGAACAAAGUGCCAAACCAAUUAAUAGGAGUAUGGUAUUAUUAGGUUUUGUGAGGAAAUUAUCGCAUCUCAGUCUCAAUUCUCUACGAUUUUCUCUAACUAAUUCCGCGAAAAUAGGUACUAUUUAAAGUGCUUGAAAUCGGUGAGGUUAAGAUAUGAUUUGGGUGACAAGGCUUUGAGAGGUCAUUAUUUUUGAGGGAGUAUAAAGCAAUGGAUUCUUGCUUUGCCAACAUAAAGGGCAAUGUGCCCCCAGUGAAAUUUAGUAAGGGGAGAGAGAGUGCGUUCUGGGGGAAGAAGAUCAAUGGGACUCUGAAGGGGAGGGCUUUAGGUGCUCCAUCAUUCAAGAGUGUGAGGACUGAAAAAAGGGCUGGUGCUGCUUACUCUGUUCUUACAACAGAUAUUAACAAAGAGGUUGUGACAUUUGAGGCACCAAUAUUUGAGUAUCCAGAAGUAGACCCUAAAAGUGUUGCUUCGAUUAUACUGGGUGGAGGUGCUGGGACUCGCCUCUUUCCUCUUACCAGCAGAAGAGCGAAACCAGCUGUUCCAAUUGGAGGGUGUUACAGGCUAAUUGAUGUACCCAUGAGUAACUGCAUCAACAGCGGCAUAAGAAAGAUUUUCAUCCUAACCCAGUUCAAUUCUUUCUCCCUCAAUCGCCACCUUGCUCGGACAUAUAAUUUUGGAAAUGGCAUGAACUUUGGGGAUGGGUUUGUGGAGGUUCUGGCUGCCACUCAAACACCAGGAGAAGCAGGAAAGAAGUGGUUCCAAGGAACAGCAGAUGCUGUACGCCAAUUUAUUUGGGUAUUUGAGGAUGCAAAAAACAAGAAUGUUGAGAACAUAUUGAUUUUGUCUGGCGAUCAUCUUUACCGGAUGAAUUAUAUGGAUUUCGUGCAGAAACAUGUUGACACGCAUGCUGAUAUUACAGUCUCAUGUGUACCCAUGGAUGAUAGCCGAGCUUCUGAUUAUGGAUUGAUGAAAAUUGAUAAGACAGGACGAAUCAUCGACUUUGCCGAGAAACCAAAGGGCCCUGCACUGAAAGCAAUGCAAGUUGAUACCUCUCUCCUUGGCCUAUCUGAGCAAGAUGCCUUGAAAUAUCCCUACAUUGCAUCGAUGGGUGUAUAUGUGUUUAGAACUGAUGUCCUAUUAAAGCUUCUGAGGUGGAGGUACCCUUCGUGCAAUGAUUUUGGCUCUGAAAUCAUUCCUUCAGCUGUGUCAGAUUAUAAUGUCCAGGCAUAUCUAUUUAAUGACUACUGGGAGGACAUUGGAACAAUAAAGUCAUUCUUUGAUUCCAACUUGGCCCUAACAGAACAGCCACCAAAGUUCGACUUUAAUGACCCAAAGACACCUUUCUUUACGUCUCCAAGAUUCUUGCCGCCUACUAAAGUAGAAAAAUGCAGGAUUCUGGAUGCAAUAAUUUCACACGGUUGCUUCUUACGGGAAUGUAGCGUUGAACACUCUAUAGUUGGUGUGCGUUCACGUUUAGAAUAUGGUGUUGAGCUUAAGGAUACAAUGAUGAUGGGUGCGGACUAUUAUCAAACUGAAUCUGAAAUUGCAUCUGCUCUAGCGGAGGGGAAGGUUCCCAUUGGUGUUGGACAGAAUACCAAAAUAAGGAAUUGCAUAAUUGACAAGAAUGCCAAGAUUGGAAGAAGUGUAAUCAUUGCAAAUAAAGAUGUAAGUAUUUUAAAAUUUUCUUAUUCAGACUUGAAGGUGAUGCAUUUAAAAUUUUACUCCAACAAGAAAAAAAGUUUUUUCAUUGUUAAUCGACAUAGCUGCAUGCUUUUCAUUUCUCAGGGUGUUGUAGAAGCAGACAGGCCUGAUGAAGGAUUUUACAUCAGAUCUGGGAUCACAGUUGUACUGAAGAAUGCAACAAUUAAAGAUGGAACAGUCGUAUAAAAUCUUGAGACACUUUCGAAUUUCCUCUUGCUGUGGUUAGGCCUGAAAUGGAAGCUGAGGAAAUCCGCUGGUGUGAUUUAACUUGUUCGGAUAAAAGGACGAUAGUAGGUGCGCUCCUAUAUGUAAAUUACGAGUUCUUUUGAUGUAAAAAGAGGCUAUGAGAUGUAGCUAGUUAAGUACAUUUCUGAAUAAAUCCACGGGAUGUUUACUCUUUUUAAUUUUAUGAAAUAGCAGAUUCCAUUUGGUA